CCCGACCUGAGCCUUCACAACAAUCACAUGGCCAAGGUGCUGAGCCUGGACAUGUACAAGAAGUUGAGGGAUAAACAGACUGCCAGUGGAUUUACCCUGGAUGAUGUCAUCCAGACUGGGGUUGACAACCCAGCAAUAUCAAAAUGGCCCAACUAAAUAAUCAGAGACUGUCUCCCGAGGAGGAGUACCCGGACCUGAGCACCCACAACAACCACAUGGCCAAAGUUCUAACCCUGGAUUUGUACAAGAAACUGAGAGACAGAGUCACGCCCAGUGGCUUCACCCUGGAUGAUGUCAUUCAGACUGGGGUUGAUAAUCCUGGCCAUCCCUUCAUAAUGACAGUAGGAUGCGUAGCUGGUGAUGAAGAAUGCUAUGACGUGUUUAAGGAACUCUUUGAUCCAGUUAUUGAAGACAGACAUGGUGGCUACAAACCAACCGAUCAGCACAAGACUGACCUGAACCCUGAUAACCUGCAGGGAGGUGAUGACCUGGAUCCCAGUUACGUGCUAAGUUCCCGUGUCAGAACUGGUAGAAGCAUCCGUGGAUUCUGUCUUCCUCCGCACUGUAGUCGAGGAGAGAGGCGAGCUAUCGAAAAGCUCUCUGUUGAAGCUCUCGGUAGUCUAGAAGGAGAUCUCAAGGGGAAGUACUAUGCGCUGAGGAAUAUGACUGAUGCAGAGCAGCAGCAGCUGAUUGAUGAUCACUUCUUGUUUGACAAGCCAGUUUCUCCUCUUCUGUUGGCAUCUGGGAUGGCACGAGACUGGCCUGACGCCAGGGGGAUCUGGCACAAUGAUAACAAGACCUUCCUUGUCUGGAUCAAUGAGGAGGAUCACCUUAGAGUUAUAUCCAUGCAGAAGGGUGGCAACAUGAAGGAAGUAUUCACCCGCUUCUGUACUGGACUAACACAGAUAGAAACUCUCUUUAAGUCCAAGAACUAUGAGUUCAUGUGGAAUCCACAUUUGGGCUACAUCCUGACCUGUCCAUCGAACCUUGGAACAGGGCUUCGUGCUGGUGUGCACAUCAAACUACCAAACCUUGGGAAACAUGAGAAAUUUGGAGAAGUCCUCAAGAAGCUUCGGCUGCAGAAACGAGGCACAGGUGGUGUGGACACAGCUGCUGUUGGAGGAGUGUUCGAUGUCUCCAAUGCUGAUCGUCUUGGCUUCUCUGAGGUGGAGCUGGUGCAGAUGGUGGUGGAUGGUGUGAAGCUGCUCAUUGAAAUGGAAAAACGCCUUGAAAAAGGCCAGUCCAUCGAUGACCUCAUGCCAGCUCAGAAAUAAAGCACUUUGUUCUCAUGUUUCCUAACUUAUUGGAUGAAUAAUAAAAAGUCACUCCAAUUCAACUCCCUGGGCUCAGAGCCCUCUUAGUUACACUGUAGAGAAGUCUUCCAUCCAUCUGUGUUAGAGUUUAUUUUUUUGAUGGUUGAGAUGUUGCUGAAAACAAAAUAAACUAUUGUUUUGGCUUGA